AGCAUACUGUUUCUUUGCACUGUUUUGAUUGAACAAAUCGUUUAUAUAUUAUAUGAUACAGUGUUCUCAGUUUUAUGUAAUUUUGUCCUUCUGAGACUUUUUCUUCUCUAACCGUAAACAGUAUUACAGCCAAAGAAAUUAUUUAGAAACAACUUUACUAUAACAUCGUCCCUAAACACGUUUUUAAACAUAUAUUGUGAACGCGGUUUGUGUUGUUUCCUAGCAACCGAUAAAUAAAUGUCCAAUUUCGUUUUAGAUUAGUGAAAUAUUUGUUACUAGAUUGUUGGUAGGUUAUAUUUUCAAUUUUGUAGUUUAGUCGGUAUCUCGGUUCAUUAAGUGGUUGGGUUAUCAUGGUGAGGUUACUUGUGAAGAAAGGAGAUGAAAAUCAGUUCCUGUAUGAAACAACUGUUAAUGAAGCAGUGGAUGAGGUGACAUUGGCUGUGACUGCUAUAUACAAUGGCAGGCUUAAAAUAAGUAGAAUAUGCUCAGAAAUGGAAGAACUGAGUAAGCAUGGUACAAUGCUGCCGCCAGACAUGAUGGGUCUGACUGAUGAACAGGUGGAAGAGUUGAAGUUGAAAGAUGACUGGGGGGAGAAGUGUGUCCCCAGUGGUGGCUGGACAUUCAACAUGGACCCGAUUGGCCGCAGGAAUGGACACCAGCCUUCAGAGCACAUGCAACAAGUUAUAACUAAGACAAUCAAUGAAGCAAAGACUUUGAUUUCUAAGAAACAAGUAGAUGCUGGAAUUUGUGUCACUCAGAAGAUGGUUCAGGAAUGUUUGGAUAUGCUGCGGGGAGCAAUGAUGAUAGUUUAUCCAAUGAAUCUUCCACCUCAUGAUGUCAUUCGUCAGGAAUUUGACAACACUGAAGACUUGUCUGGAACACAAGCAUCACUUGAGGUCAUAGAUCCAUCCUUGGCCCAGUUGUGGUUCUCCGGUAAAGAAAUGCAACGGGGAAAAAAAUUAUCAGACUACUUAGGCAAAAAUGAGAAGACCAAAGUUAUAGUAAAGAUUUCAAAGAUGGGGCAGGGAGCUCCGGCAAGAGAGCCUGUUAUUGGCGAGGAGGAACGCAAGCAGAUGAUGCUACACCAGUACAGGCGACAGGAGGAGCUGAAGAAACUUGAGCAAGAUGAUGAUGACAAUUAUCUUGACUCAGCUUGGGCUGACAGCAAAAGUCUGAAGAGGAAUUUCCAAGGUCUGUCAGACAUUUCUUGGAGGCCAAAAUGAGGGAGAUCAAACAUUGAAUUUAUUUUAUAUUUUCAUUGUAUUAUAAUUAUUAAUCACACUUAUUGUUUGGUUUCUAGUUUUUACUGUUGUAUAUAUAGUAAUUGAUAAUACUACACAAACUGUGUUUUUUACAAAAAAAUAAAUUCUUUCCGUCAAAACA